CGGGGUUCCCCGCAGCCUCUCUCGGUGACAGGGGGUGGAGCUGGCUGCGGGAGCGGGGGUCGUACCGGCAGAAGGCGCAGGGUCUGCGGCGGGGGAAUAACCAUAGAGUUGGCCCUGGUGGCACCGCAGCCCCUAGUGUUCUGAUCCAGCUCUUGCUGGUUCCCCAGCCCUGACCUGGACUGGGCUUGGGGCUGGGUGGGUUUCACAGACCACCCAAAUCCACUAUGCUCGUGGAAGAAGUCUGCGUUGGCGACCGGUUGAGUGGCGCAGCGGCCCGUGGCGACGUGCAAGAGGUGCGCCGCCUUCUCCACCGGGAGCUGGUGCAUCCUGACGCCCUGAACCGCUUUGGCAAGACGGCCUUGCAGGUGAGGCCUGGCUGGUCCCCGGCGCCCACACUCCAUCUCCUGACCCGGGUCAUGAUGUUUGGAAGUCCAGCGGUUGCUCUGGAACUCCUGAAGCAAGGUGCCAGCCCCAAUGUCCAAGAUGCCUCUGGUACCAGCCCCGUGCAUGAUGCAGCUCGCACUGGGUUCCUGGACACCCUGAAGGUUCUGGUGGAGCACGGCGCUGACGUCAAUGCCCUGGACAGCACAGGCUCACUCCCCAUCCAUCUGGCCAUAAGAGAGGGCCACAGCUCCGUGGUCGGCUUCCUAGCUCCUGAAUCUGACCUCCAUCACAGGGACGCUGCAGGUCUCACUCCCCUGGAGCUGGCUCGGCAGAGAGGGGCUCAGAACCUCAUGGACAUUCUGCAGGGGCACAUGAGGAUCCCAAUGUGACCCAGGGCCACUGUCCCCGGCCUUACUGGGUUACUUGUCAACAAAGGAGGAAAGAAACUUUCUCUUUUCACGCCUGUCCAUUGAAGAAAGGAGUGGGAGGAGCAGUUUGUGGUUUCCUGGUGUUGAUUUCUAGAGUGUGUGUGUUUGGGGGAUGUUUCCCAUGUUUUUCUCACCCCUUUUUGGUGUGUUGGACAAAGGGGCUCCUACAGGCAACAGCCACCUAAACGGUUCAGUUUCCUCCACACUGGGGCCACACUGAAGACCUCAGGGCAGGGGUUUAAAGCCCUAGCCUCAGUCUCAGAGUGAGGUCAUCGCCUCCCGGGCUCCUGGAAGCUGGUGACCUUGGCAGGCUGUGCUCAGAGAGCCCUGAUGUGUGAGCCAUCUACUUUGGGCAUGGGAGGGGGAGGGAAAAACAUUUCAAAUCAGUUAAAAGGAUGACAUGAGUUCAUUUUUCUUUCUUGGAAGGUUUUCAGUCUGUUGUACAGAGUUUGAAAAAUAUAUAUUUAUUGCUUUAUGGAAA